AUGACUGAUCGAAUCUUCUAUAUUAACUCUAACUUGUCCUCUAUCCCCUGUGAAGGCUGUUAUUCAGCACCCGUGCCUCCCACAGCGCCUCCUUCCCCGGGAUACUACCACCUCCUCUACAAAGAGCAUGCACAAGCCCAGAUGGCCUGGCAUGGAGAGACAUACUGCCUGAUUGGAGGCUACCGUGUCUAUGGGGAUGCUCCGCUGGCCACCCCUGCAAAGGCUGAGGAAGAGAAGCCAGCACCCAGGAGGGCUCUCAAGAGACAAAGAGUUCAGGAAGAGUCAGACCAAGAUCUAGGGUGUCCUAGUGCCAAAAUCCCUCGCCUGAAAAUGAGUCAUGGUGGCAAAGGGGUGUCCUCAUAG